AGAACACACAAAACAUUUCUUGCGCUGAUUUAACGUCACUAUUUACAACUAUUUUUAAAUAAGUAGUGGUAUUGAUUGCAUUUCAUUUAUUUUUUUCUAAUUUGAGAAAGAAAACUGUUCAGUCACGGCUCAUUCCUAAAUUAGAGGUUACCUGCCUAGUCAUGGAUUCUUAUCAUGUGUUAGAAUUGGUUGGAGAAGGCUCUUUUGGUCGAGUUCAUAAAGGAAUGAAGAAGUUUUUAGGACAAGUGGUGGCUCUUAAAUUCAUGCCUAAAAUGGGGCGCUCGAAGAAAGAGCUGCAAAGUCUAAAAAAAGAAAUCGACAUCAUGACAAACCUUCAACAUCCAAACAUUGUGAAACUUUUCGACAGCUUUGAAACCGAAACAGAGGUGGUGGUUGUGACCGAAUAUGCUGAGGGUCAGUUGUUCCAGAUCAUUGAGGAUGAUGGCAGCUUACCAGAAAGUCAGGUUCAUGAGAUUGCCUGCCAACUGGUGUCAGCUCUGUAUUAUUUGCACUCUCGUCGGAUUCUUCACCGAGACAUGAAACCACAAAAUAUCCUCUUUGAUAAAAAUGGAGUGGUGAAACUGUGUGACUUUGGGUUUGCGAGGGCAAUGAGUGUGUCCACCAUGGUGCUGACCUCUAUCAAGGGAACACCCUUAUACAUGUCCCCUGAAUUAGUGGCAGAGAAGCCUUAUGAUCACACUGCUGAUCUCUGGUCACUUGGCUGCAUUCUGUAUGAGCUCCACACGGGGGCGCCUCCUUUCUACACUAACUCCAUCUUCCAUUUAGUGCAGCUCAUUGUGAAAGACCCCAUCAAGUGGCCAGACACUAUGAGCAACACAUGCACGAGUUUCCUAAAAGGUUUGUUGACCAAAGACCCUCAGAUGCGGCUGUCAUGGCCGGACCUCCUGCAUCAUCCUUUUGUUGCAGAUGGUGUUCAAGUGCUGCCAGAUACAGAUGUUUCCAGUCCUCUGACAGUCACCCCAGACCCUGACAUGCUGGCACUGAAACUUAAACAAAUAGCAGAAAAGACACCAGUAAAAUCUGGGGAGAGCAAAAUAGUGCGAAAGGUCAAAGAGCAGAGAAGCAAAAGUGACCCAAAGACAUCAGUCGGCAGUGCUAAAGAAUUGAAGGAUGGAGUGGAAAGUGGGAAAGCCAAUUCUAUAGUAACUUCAGUGGGCCUUAGGGACAAAUCCUUCACCCCAGUUUAUUCAACUUUGAAAGCUCCUCAAAUUUCAUAUCAAAAGAACCAUACAUCUGGUUCUUCAAAUAGAGGUCUAAUCAGCCAAGACUAUGAACGAGAGUUCCCUUCAGUAGAAGUUGGGCCACGACAAGAGAGAAGAUGUGACGUCACUAAAAAUGUGUCAAGUUUCACAACAGUCAAGAGUGAGGAAUUCUGGGAGAGGCUUGUUGAAGAAUCCGACCUAAGCAGACUAGAAAAAGAUCCGUUCAACUGCAGUAACAUUGUAGCUCUACUGAAAUCCAGUAUUUUGCUGUUUGAAAAACAGUUAAGUGGUGGUGUCUCCGAGGACGUGUGGCGCAUUCGCCAUCCGCUGAAAGUCCUGCAGAACCUGAUGCUGACCUCUGACCCAAAUGACAAUAUUAACCAACUAGGACUGCCACAUCUUAUCAUUAGCUUAGUUCACAACUCUGUUGGAAACUCCCAUUUCAUUCAGCAACCGGGGAGUCUACAAGCACUUGGGGAAAUGAUUGUUGUUCUACUCAUCUACUGGCAGAAGAACCAUGACUGGUUGAAAGAAGAAAACAGACCUGAAGAGUUCAUCAACCCCUUCUUAACAAUCCUUAACCAAGCAGACCUCAAUCCUUUAGCUCCUCUAGCUGGCUGCGUUUUAUCUCUCUUUACUCAAGACAAGGUUGCUGUCAAUAUUGAUAUGGACAGGCUCGGCUUCUUGCUGAAAGAACUUGUCUGUGGCUCUCAUCAGCAGGAGCUUUCUCUCCCGCCUGGAUGGGGACUCUGUGACGGCCUCCUAUCUUUACUUCUGCACACUCUCUCUGAGCAAAGCGAUGGUUCCUCAUGUUUGGAUCCACUCGUGAUUCAUCACGUUUGGGAAGAGAUCGGCACCUCAUUAGCAAAGACAAUGCCAGACAUGGACUUCUGCUCAACCAAUGGAUUGCAUGUUCUCAUGUCUGCCACAAUGUUGGUUCUCUGCAAGGAUCCAUAUUCAUAUAUUUCACUGUUUUGUGAGGGCAAAUCAACAUUUGUGUACACUCUUGGCUGGCUGUUGAGCACUGAAUGUCAUGCUUUAUUUGCUGAAGGCUGUUCAGGUACAUCAGAAGGAGUCUUAAGUCCUGAGCUCUUUAUAGAGUUGAGCUGCCACUUCCUGUGCCUUCCAUUCGCCCUCAACCUGAAUUCACACACCUGUUCCAGUGUACUGCAUGUGUACGACAGCUGUGAUGUUGUUAAAAGGCUCCUGCAGGUGAUUGAAACUCUUCCUCUCUCAUCAGUAGAGGUGCCACUCUCACUACUACGCCGCCUGUUGCUGUGCGAUCGUCAACGUUGUGUUUCCCGCCUCUGUAAAGCUUCCUGUGGGUUUUUCUCCACACCAGCCGUCACUACAUCGGGCCAGCAGACUCCGACCAGAACCGCCAGUUCUCUGCUUUGUGAUUUGCUGCUGCUGGACGAACUGGGGGACUCUGCGGUAGAGCUCCUGUCUCUGUUAUACCUCAUCACGUGUUUUUGUCCUGGUCAGCUGCACCUAGAACCUUCAGUGCUGCGCCGGGCACUGGCACACGCUUACGAUCCAAUCAGGGCUGGCACAUGUAAAGUUUUAGGAAAAGUGUUCCCGUUCAGGUCUCCCACACUGCCCAAUUUACAACCGAACAUUUUUAAAAGCAUGGUAGACCUUCUUGAGGAUGCUAGCGUGCAUGUGCGGCGUGCAGCUUGCUUGGCAGUUGGUAAAUGGUUGGGUUAUGUUGCAAUGGAAGCUGGGUUCAGCACCAGCAGGCACAGUGGAAAUGUAGGCAACACUAAAAAGUGGGUAAACGUAAAGGGCAAUGAUGCACACCAGGAUUCAAGCAGCGAAGCGGGAGUUGCCAUUGUGACAAAGAAUGAAUCAGAUGAUGGCGAGAUUAGAAAAUGGUUAGAAGAAGCAAGAAUGACAGGAGCCAGACUGGCAUCGCUGACCUCUGACACUGAUGCCCACACUCGUGUCCACGCUUGUGCAGCACUCGGAAACCUGGUGCAUGUUAAUGGUGCUGUACCCAAACUGAUGGAGGAGAAUGUGUGCAGGUUACUCCUGAGGGCCGCUUGCACUGACACCCACCAUGCAGUGAGAGAAGCUGCCACGGACACGCUAAGCUUGUACAGCCAGCAGGAUGCUAUAAGACAGGUCCUUAGACCUCUGGAUGCCAGAAAAAAAACGUCUCCAGGCUUCCCAGCAUCCAUCAAAGCAAAGUGACUCUUCCUUUCAGAUAAGAAUGACUCGAAAUAAUUAUAUUUAUUCAAAUGCGGUUUUUGUUUCUUCUUAAAAGUAAGCAUCUAUGUGUAAUAAUAAUAUAACUCAUUUUCCGUUUAGGAUUAUAUUACUAAUUAAGCGUCCUCCGAUUUCACAUGAACAUAUGAAUAAAUGUGAUCACAUUUUUAAAAAUGUCAUUAUUCUUUAUUAUUUACAAAAAGGCUCGCAACUGUUCCUCUUUUUUACAGCAUUUUAAUCAAACAUGAAAAGUUAAGUAUUGUAUGUUCGAUAAAUAUUAGUAAAAAAUUUGACCUGGCAUCAUUUUGACAAAACGCCAAGUUAGGUCCGCAAAAACGCAGAUUUUAGUCCACCCGGCCUUGUUACUUAUAUCCAGAAAAGUCCAAUUAAGAUUGUAUUUUUCAAUGGUCUUGCUGGUUUUCUUGAAAUGCACAACAUUCGUCUUUACUUUGUUGCAUUCUAAUUGUCUCAUAUUGUUACGUAAAGAGUGUAAAAAUAUCACAGACAACACCAUUUGAAAGCCACAC